CGUACCUUUUCCAUCAGCCACGCAGAAAAAGGAUCCGAGCGUCUUAGCAUCCAUUCGAGGACCCACUUAAACUUUUCUAAUCGAUGGGUAUCGGAGGCGACCGAUGCUUUGCCGGCGCCGCGAUUUCUGAAUUUUCGCGAACUUCUUCCCGACGACAGAACAAACCCCAGGCCGGCGUGUCGACAAAAAAAACCGACGCCCACUCAAACACCACAGGACACGCCAAGCCUCGAGUCAAGGCGCCACAAGUACACGCCAGCAGCAGUCCCUUGCGGAAUCAUAAUUCCCUUGAAUCCGCUUCACAAAACUCACAAUGGCUCACCGGAUAAUAACACAAGCCAUCAUCACCGGCGGCCGCGUGUUCGGCCGGGCCUUUGGCGAAGCCUACCGACACGCGCAGCAGUCCUCUGCGUACCAGCGCGCGCAGGCCAAGGCCGGCGGCAGCGCGGGCGGCAUGGGCGGCGCGGGCAGCAUGACGACGCAGGAGGCGUGCCAGAUCCUCAACGUCAAGGAGCCGAGCCCGACGGCCGAGUCGCUCGAGGAGGUGCACUCGCGCUUCAAGAGGCUGUUUGACGCCAACGACCCGGAGAAGGGCGGGUCCUUUUACCUGCAGAGCAAGAUCCUGAGGGCGAGGGAGAGGCUCGAGGCGGACCUCCGGCCCAAGAUGGAGCAGGCCGAGCUGGAUGCCGAGGUGCAGGCCGGGUGGAAGCCGAAUCUAUACAAGGAAAAGCCCAAGGAGCCGCCGAAGCUGUAAAGGCUAGCCCGGUGAGGUUUUAUGGGCGGGCAUUGUUGCCACUAAAACUCGUAUCCUUUGACGGCUGGGGAGUUGAAUGUUGUUUGCAACAUUGAAAAGCCGUUUCGACAUGGCGUCGACAACAUGGUGCUGAGUAAAGUCCUGGCAAAAUCCAGACCUUGGGGUUCUUGGACCUGGACGCUGCAGCGGCCACCUAAAUUAGACGACCGGGAUGAAGCUUCUACUCGGAGCUGCUUCAUCACAUGUCGCUGUUUUUAACAUUUGUCACACUCCACUUAUCCGCAUGGCCUGGCGUUUUGAAGUUGGCUUAGUUUUCGCCUGGGGUCUAGAAACAAAGGGGGAGAAGGCGUCUCCCGAGAGAUGGCGGGAGCACGUUUUUGGAGAGAAAGAUGAGCUAAUGAUCUUGUAGACUAAAACCACCUUACCCAUGUACAACAACAAUAUAUGAACAUACUACCAAGAUGUCGGGCGA